AUGUUAUCAAAAAUAUUACAACGCAGAUUUUCAGUUUAUUCUAAUUAAGCUCAAUAAAUGCAAGAAAUUGUCAAUGGAAGAGAAUAUAAAUAUGAUUAUCAUAUCCAUGAGUAUGACAAGUGUAUUUAAGCUUACUUGAUGAGAAGACGUAUUAAAAAGGAAGAAAUUGCACCAAAAAUGUAUAUUACUGAAGGUUUAAAAGGAGUAGAUUUGUCUUAUUAAUUGCUUGCUCCUUUAAAAAAGCUUUAUGAUAUUGAGAAAAUGAAAAAAUUACAUGAGCUAGGUUAGAUAAACUCUUAAUAUAUAAUAAGCAAAUUGUAAGAGGAUCACUUCAAGCAAGUUAUGGAUGAGUAUGUUAAUAAGCUACCAAUCAGCGGAUAUGUCGUUCCUCUUGAGUAAUAUAAAGAGUAUGAAACUCUUUAGAAUAAAAUUGUUGGUUUGUAUAGAUAAUUUUUCUUUGGUGAUGAGAAUUAAACUCCUUUUGAACGUGACACUGAAAUGAGAUAUUUAGUAGAGAAGAGAGAAAAAUACUCAAAAUACAUUAUCAAAAAUGCUAUCAGAUAUAAAUGUAAUUGGACACUUUCGAAUUAGAGAAGAUAAGAAUUAAUGAAGAAUUGGCGUGGAAGAAACAUUAACAUUUAUGAUGACUUACGUCCAAUUUAUGAAAAAUUAGAUUUGGAAAGCAAGGAAAGCAUUAAUUAAUUAACUUAAAAGAUUGUUGGCUAGUAAAAAUCUGUAUUAGGAAUUUUCCGCUAAAUUCUUUACUAUUUAAUUGAGAGAGGAAUUUACUCAAGAACUUCUAGACGUCGCUAUGAAAUGGCAUGCACAAUGCUCUUAAUUCGUACUGUCAUUUACACUAACUCAAUUGAGUUUACAAGUGUCAUGAACAUUCCUGCUGAUUUCCAUAUCGAGCAUGCUAUCUUAAACAUGCAUAUUUGGCUGAUGGUUGAUCGCUUAAAUGAAAUUAAUACUCCUAUAAGUAGAUUUAUGGCUAAGUAAUUAUUAGUAUCCCUAAAGAAGAAUUAACUUUAAAGUAUUUCUCGUAUUCAUCUUAAGAAGAAAAAUGAUUUCAUCAAGGACGUUAUUCACUAUAUGCAAGCAAAUCGUAAUGCCUUCCACAAUCAUUUCCGUGUAAAUCCUAUAACUAGCAAGGGGGAUGAUGCAUAUCAAAAACUUGAUGCACUUGUUUGGAGUACUAUUUUCUUUGAAAAAGUCCCCCGUUAUUCUCCUGAAGUUUACAUGAUGGCUGACUAUUUCAAGCAAAAUUUUGAUUACCUUAAAACCUGCACAUUUUAAGAUUUCGAAGAUGGUAUGAUUGAAUUCGAUUGCUAUCGUAUAGAUCCUGAUUUUGUAAACAAAGUACAGAAGUACUCACCUCGUUUAAAUGAAUAGGAAUUCCUUGAAGAAUUUUAUUCAGAAAAGACUAAUAAGAGGUACUAUUACAGUUAUCAAGGAGUAUCUGAAAAUGCUUAAAGACUUUAAGAUACUAAUUCAUAGUAAAAUGAAAAUUAAUCUGAAAAAAUCGAAGACCUUCCCAUUAAUACUGAAGAAGGCUUGAAUUCUACAAGAUAUAAAGAUAUUAAAGGUAUUGAUGAGACUUUAAACAAGACUCUGUACAAGUAUUAAACACUUCACACCUUCGACCAUAUGAACGAGCUAGAAAAAUAAACUAAAGAAAGUUAAAAAAAGGCUAAAAAAUAUGCAUUCUCCUAAACUGCAGAAGAAAAAGCAACUAAUGAAGUUGAUGAACUUGACCCUGAAUAUAUUAAAAAAAUUCGUUAUUAAAGAAAUAAACAAUAAUCCGAAAGUGAAUAAAAGUAAAAAUGA